AUGAUUUGGGUAAGGAUCGGGAUCGAGAUCGGCAUCAAGGUUGGGGUUGGGAUCGAGAUCGGGAUUGAGAUUGGGGUUGAGGUCGCAAUUUGGGUCAGGAUUGGGAUUGAGAUCGGCAUCAAGGUUGGGGUUGGGAUCGAGAUCGGGAUUGAGAUUGGGGUUGAGGUCAGGAUCGGGAUCAAGAUCGGGAUCAAGGUUGGGGUUGGGGUCAGGAUCAAGACUGGGGUUGAGGUCAGGACUUGGGUCAGGAUUGGGAUUGAAAUUGGGAUCAAGGUUGGGGUCGGGAUCAAGACUGGGAUUGAGACUGGGGUUGAGGUCGGGAUUUGGGUCAGGAUCGGGAUUGAGAUCGGGAUCAGGGUUGGGGUUGGGGUCAGGGUCAAGAUCGGGAUUGAUAUUGGGGUUGGGAUUGGGGUUGGGAUCGAGAUUGGGAUUGAGAUUGGGGUUGGGGUCGGGAUUUGGGUCAGGAUCAGGAUUGAGAUCGGGAUCAGGGUUGUGGUUGGGGUUGGGAUCAAGAUCGGGAUCGGGAUUGAGAUUGGGGUUGGGGUCAGGUUUGGGGUUGGGAUCAAGAUCGGGAUUGAGAUUGGUGUUGAGGUUGGGAUUUGGGUCAGGAUCGGGAUCGAGAUCGGGAUCAGG